AUGCGCACCGGUAUUUUGACGGCGCUCAGCGCUUUUGGGCUCGCGACUCUGACGCAGGCCCAAGUCCCAAGGGCAGCUGGCAUGACAUCUGACAGUUUCUGCAGCACAGCGGGCGAUUUUUGCGUUACGGGAUUGUAUCUGCCCGAACGGCAGGCCAUCAACUACACUCUGGUCGUCGCUCAGACUGGACAGUACGGAUGGACGGGUAUCGGACAAGGAACGCAAAUGUCCGGAGCAAACAUCUUGGUGACUUGGCCCAAUGCGGAUGGUAGCGUCACCACCUCGCACAGAUCCGCCCCUGGUGAGGUGAUGCCUACCGAAGCUCGCGUCAGCGCACAACAAGCGCAGGGCUUCGAAAGGAACGCUGCACAGUCCGUUCAGACGCAGCAGCACACCAUCAGUAGUUGGCUCUUCGGUCAAGCCGAGGCUCCCGGAACCAUCGAUCACAUCUUUGCCUACGCUGGAGCGGCCAAAGCUCCAGCUUCGGCAGACUCCGCCGCCACCAUCCGUUACCACGACAGCCGUGGCUUCUUCACGCUCGAUCUGACCAAGGAGUACACUGGCGCUGCACCUGCUGGUCUAGCUGGCGGUCAGGGCGCAAGCACGGGAGAUGGAGGUGCAGGCACUGCCGGAUACGGUCCCGCGCAGCGAGACCUGAGCAACAAGACGACUCAAAUCUGGUUCGCUCAUAUGGUGAGUUUUGACGUGGCGCUCCCUGCGUAUACGUGACCGAGUGUAGCAGGGACUGACGCCCAAGCUUGAAACUGGUGCCGUGACACAGAUGUUCAUGGUUCUGGGCUGGAUGCUGCUCGUGCCCCUAGGCGCCUUCAUUGGCCGAUUUGGACGCACCAUGUUCAAGUGGUUCCCUUACCACAGUGCCGUUCAAAGUUUGGCAGUCGUCUUCGUCAUCAUCGGCUUCGCUCUCGGCGUCUACAACUACCGUCAGCGCGGCACACCACAGUGGACAUUGCUGCACCACAAGCUCGGUCUUGCGCUCUUCAUUCUCAUCCUCAUUCAAGCCAUUCUGGGAGCAACGACGCACGAGAUACGCAAGCGAACAGGCUUCAGAUGGAUCGGUUUCUUCCACAUCUUCAACGGUGUCGUCAUGUUCGGUCUCGCAGUCUGGAACAUCAGCGAAGGCUUCAAACUGUGGACUUGGCAACCUGGAAAUGCGCCUCGCAUUGUCAUUUGGGUCUGGGCUGGAGUGGUCGGUGUGGUGUACCUUGCCGGACUGGCUCUGGUGCCCAGGGAGAUCCGACAGGACAAGGAGAGAAAGGAGACCGCGUCGCGUGGUGAGAAGGGCUCGGAUGAGCACCUCACGCAUAACCCUUCGCCCUCUCAAGCUGCUUGA